AUGGCUCCAGGUACCGGAGGCAAGAGGAAGAAAGUCGACAGGUCAUGGUCCACUGACUCUACCAACGACGGUCAGCGGCCUUCACCCCAUCGCCCCGGGAAUCUCAACAUGGCGCAACAGAUGCACAGCUCGCAGUCUCCUCAGUCUCGGGAAUUUUCUGACGGGCGUGGGAGGCUGCGAAGGCAGCCAAGUCGUGGUGGUAGACACAAUGCAGGACGAGCACCAAGUAAUGACGGUCAGAAUUUUACAGCUGGUCGGAAGGACGCAGAUUCCGCUGGGAGAGAAGCAUCGGAGCAAGGCAAACAAAAUGGAACAACACCUUCGUCGUCCCAAUCACAACCACCUCAGUCUCCGUUGCCACUUGCGAGUUCAAUGCAAUCGAGACCACACUCACAGCAGUCGUCGCAACCACAAACACAGCCUCAACCAGCUCCAACACCGCUAUCACAUAUGUCGCCCGCUGUCCCCGCGCAACCCUCCAGGAAACCAUUGCCGCCUUACCAAUAUGAAUAUAUUUCGGAUGAUGUCAGGGAUAGUUGGGCGGCCAGUGGGAGGCAGAUGAUUGUUGAUCGCGGAAUACAAGCAAAGAAUGGCAAGGACAUUGUGAUGCUGACCUCUAUCUACCAGGAGCUCAUUCGUUGUGCUCUUGACGAGCGAUUGCCUGCCGAAGAAGCUGGUUUAACGCUCAGAGAUAUUAUCGGAGAAGAGGUUGCCGCUGGUAAUAUCGGAAUAGAUGGCCAAGAGCAGGCAUCACCGUGCUUGGAUCCUUGCACUCUCUUCCUCGACACCCUGUCCAUUGUGACAGAUUCUGACACUACGAAUGACGCCCUCAAACCGUUAGUUUUUUCCACUGGAAUUAAUCCGGCCCUCAUGCGCCUCCAACUCGAAACACCUCUACUUCAGUCGCUUGGCCUUGUCCGUGACACCUUCGCACGGAUGGGCAUCAGGAAGCAGACAAAUCUCCUAUACCGGCAAUCAAAUUAUAAUCUACUUCGCGAGGAAUCUGAAGGUUACUCUAAGUUAGUGACGGAACUUUUCACCACUAGCAAUAAUGAACCUCCAACCGCCGAGGUCGUUGAGGAUACGUUUGAGAGGGUGAAAGCAAUGAUAGGUGCCUUCGACAUGGAUGUUGGCCGUGUCCUCGACGUCACUUUGGAUGUUUUCGCAGCUGUGUUGGUUAAGCAAUAUCGGUUUUUCGUGAAGCUGUUGCGAGCGAGCUCCUGGUGGCCCAAAGAGGACGCAUCCACUAGCAAUGGUGGGAGGUCGUGCGACUCCGGGCUUCCCAAUUGGGCUUUACCAGGGUCGCCUGUAUGGUCAACAACUGACGAGGAACGAGCUGCAGCUGCGGAAGCAAACUCCCAACGAGAUCGAGAAUUCUGGGACCGGGUUCGGGAAGUCAAGAUUCGAGCUUUCUUUGAGAUAGGACGCAAACCAGUUUCCGAAGAGGAGCUCAAGCAAUUGCUCCCUGAGUCCAAUAAUUUGACUCCAGAGGAGGCUGAUACCCGCAAAUGGAUCGAACAAACUGGCACACUGCCGCCCAAGGGGAGCAGGGUAGCAGCGCAACUUCUCGGGUUUAAACUUCGUUUCUAUUCUUCGCCAGCGCGUGACAAGUCAGAUGUUCUUCCCGACAACCUAAUAUAUCUUGCCGCAUUGUUGAUCAAGGUCGGCUUUAUCUCGCUUCGCGAUCUUUACCCUCAUCUCUGGCGGCCUGACAAUUCUAUGGAUGUAUUGAAGGAGGAAAAGAUGAAAGAAAAGGCAGAAAGAGAGAGGGCAGCCCGACCUGGCGGUGGGGUAAAUGCUCUUAUGACUGCUGGUGCUCUUUCAGACGACACGCUACCUAUUCCCCGUAUUAGAGACUCCGAGGCUCGUUCAGCGACUCCCGGGAAAGAUCAAGAAGCGGAAAGAACAGCUGCAGCUAAAUCGGAGGAGAACGAGCUUCCGGAGCCAUCAGAUCAAAAGGUAUUGCUUUUGAAGAGCCUGCUAGCAAUCGGCGCAAUUCCUGAGUCACUAUUCAUCCUGAGCAAGUUUCCCUGGCUCAUGGAUGCCUAUCCCGAACUUCCUGAAUUCAUACAUCGCAUCCUUCAUCACUGCCUGAGCAAGGUCUACGCCUCUGUGCGCCCUCUACCGCCGAUCAGUGAGCUUCGAGAACAGAAACAAAUACCCAGUCAUGAUCAGACUGGUGUGCCAAAGGGCCACAUCAAACUAACAGAGGCACCCCAACGUCGGACGUUGAGAUGGGCUCAGCUCGAUAAGGAAGACACGAAUGAUGGAACUGAUUAUAGGUUCUACUGGGACGACUGGUCCGACAACAUUCCCAUCUGUCAAUCUGUUGACGAUGUUUUCGCACUUUGCGAGUCUUUCCUAAACAUCUCUGGACAUAAGAUCGGACAAGACUCCAGCCUGUUGACAAAACUGGCCAGAAUUGGCAGGCACAGUCUCAACAAGGAUGAUUCCACGGAAAAUAGAGCACGUUGGCAAGAUCUUUGCAAGAGACUACUGGUCCCAGCUAUAAGUCUCACUAAGGCCAACCCCGGCGUUGUGAAUGAAGUUUUCGACCUCAUCAGCUUUUUCCCUAGGGACACUCGGUACAAUAUGUAUGCUGAGUGGUACUUUGGCCAGACCUCUCGACUCCCCGAUAUACAAUCUGCUUUCGACCAAGCACGAGCGGAAACAAAGGAUGUACUCAAAAGACUAAGCAAAACAAACAUACGGCCAAUGGCUCGUGCUUUGGCCAAGAUUGCGUACGCAAAUCCAGGAAUAGUCAUCAACGUUGCUAUAAGUCAAAUUGAAUCCUACGAGAAUCUAAUCGAAGUCGUUGUGGAGUGUGCUCGUUACUUCACCUACCUCGGUUACGAUAUCCUCACAUGGGCAUUGAUCAGUUCGCUUGGUCAAAAAGGUCGAAGCCGGGUACAGGACGGUGGCCUGCUCACAAGCCGAUGGCUUAAUGCCUUGGCCACCUUUGCUGGCAGAACCUUCAAACGGUAUUCAGUAAUGGAUCCAACCCCCGUGCUGCAAUACGUUGUUGAGCAACUACGCCAAAAUAAUUCCACGGAUCUUAUUAUUCUGGAACAGAUAAUUAGUUCGAUGGCUGGAAUCAUCACCGAUACCAAUUUCAAUGACUCUCAGAUACAGGCCAUGGCGGGCGGCGAGAUCCUGCAGUCGCAAACCAUCCUCCAAUUAUUGGAUAAACGACAUGAGUCCAAAACCACUUCAAAGCGGCUUUUGAAAUCACUUACCUCCUCAAACCUUGCUGGCCAGUUGCUCAUUGCGAUUGCUCAGGAACGUCUUACGUGCAUUUUCAAAGAAUCAGAGAACUCCUCUGAGCUCAAGUUGCUGGGUAACAUAUUCGAUGAAAUCCACCGAAUUCUCGCUCAGUAUCUGGACCUACUUCGCAGCAAUUUAUCAGUGGACGAAUUCGACUCGUUUGUCCCUGACAUUGCGUCCCUUAUCAAAGAUUUCGGCAUCCAGCCUGAAGUUGCCUUUUGGAUUCGACGUCCAAGUGUUGCACGGAAGCUUAUCGACUGGGAAAAAACUUCUCAGGAUACAGCCAACGCCGCUAAGAAGGAAAGUCAGGAUGUUCCCGCUCUGAAGGCAGAAGUCGAGAAACUUGAGGGAAGUGGUGACACUGAAGUCACGGACGCUCCCUCGGGAGACGACAAAAUGGAUGUCGAUCAAGAACAAACUGCACCGGAUACCGAGUCUAUUCCUAGCAGAAAAUCUGCAACUGGCUUUGGUGCUCCAGAGUACGCGGCUUCUAAUCCUGUUAUGCAAGACCUACAAGACCAAGUCAAGUCUGUAUUGCCUCCAGAGACUUGGAGCAUAGUCGGAUUGCCUUUCUAUGUCACAUUCUGGCAACUCUCGAUUUACGACGUGCACAUCCCUCAAAAAUCAUAUGAAGAGGAAAUCGAGCGAUUGAAAAAGAAGGUGAUCUCGAUUGGUAACGACCGAUCAGAUAUUAGUCUUGCAGGGACACAAAGAAAAGAGAGGGAGAAGAAGCAGAUCACGCAACUCCAGGACCGGAUUCUGGAGGAGAAUAAAGCGCACCUUGUGGCUUAUGGCCAAACAAGAUCAAGGCUGCAAAAGGAGAAGGAAGGAUGGUUCGUUGGUAUGCGAGGAAAAGCCGACCAGCUACAUAUCGCUUUAUUGGAACAGUGCUUUUUACCGCGUCUCCUGUUAUCCCCAAUUGAUGCUUUCUACUGUUUCAAGAUGUUAAAGUUUCUGCACGCUGCUGGUGCACCUAAUUUCCGGACUGUUGGUCUGCUGGACCAGCUGUUCCGGGAACAGAGGCUGACUGCCUUGAUUUUCCAGUCCACCUCAAGGGAAGCUGAUAAUCUUGGUCGCUUCUUGAACGAGGUUCUUCGUGAUCUUGGCCGUUGGCAUGCCGACAAGACUGUCUAUGAGAAGGAAGCGUUUGGAACUAAGAGGGACCUCCCUGGUUUCGCUAUGAAUGUUGAUCCCGAAGGCAAGCCCACUACCUUCCUUGAUUAUGAAGACUUCCGUCGCCUUCUCUACAAGUGGCACCGGCUUCUAUCCUCAGCAUUGAAAAUCUGCCUCAAUGGGGGCGAGUACAUGCACAUUCGAAAUGCCAUCAGUGUCCUGAAGGCCAUUGUCCAAAACUUCCCAGCUGUUAACUGGAUCGGUCGAGACAUGCAUACAAGCGUGAACAACCUCAGUCAGAACGAUGAACGAGACGAUGUGAAAAUUCCUGCAGCCUCCUUAAUUGGCGAUCUUAACCGUCGUGAGAAGAAGUGGAUGCUUCCUCAGGCUUUUAUGAUUACCAACCAGCCAGUUCCUAGCAAAGGCAGCCAAGCUACUGGGAGAGCAACGCCUUCUCGCCCCAACUCGACUACCCCGACUCCUUUCAAUGCGGCUGCUCCUGAAUUCAAGCCCUCCAGUGCGACAGAAUUAAAAGGGCCCGGAAAGACUGAGGGAACCACGAGGCAGGAAGUUGAGGAUGGAGAGAUUGAAGACGCCAGGACAGCAGAUGUGCCAAAAGAUAGCUCAAAUGCCCAACAACCGGCGCAAAAACUAGCUGAAACUGAGUUACGGCAAACAGACAAGGCAGCUGGCCAAGUAUCUGCUAAUGAGAACCGUCCGGCCAGUGGACCUGAUACAGCACCAAGGGACCCGCCCAGCAAUCCCACUCGAAGUCGUCAGACUGGAGGAGCUACUGUUCAAUCACGACUCUCUCCUCCACCUUCUGCGAAUCAGGCUCCCAGAGGCCCUGAAUCUCGGAGACCAGCAAAUAUUCCAAGGCCUCCUGAGCCUGAUCGAACACCUGGUGGAAGCCAAACAACGCGUUCUCAGCCACAUACACCGUCUCAUCCUUAUCGGGACGAGAGGGGCCUGCCGCCGCGGCCGGAUAUUCUGGAUGACCGACGGGACCGUCUGUCGGACUAUGGCCGGGGCGGACGAUUACCCGGCGAUCGCGAUUUCAGUCGCUCAUUUGACCCGCCAAUUAGUGACAGCAGGGGUUUUGGGCGUCUAGAUAGGGAUCUCUCUUUCAGACCGCCUGUAGAGGAGCCAUUCCGUGGGACACAAUACCGUGACCGGCCUGGCCGCCCCCGUCCUGCAGAUUCUCGUGAGAACCUCUCUGGCCAACGAUCUGGUCCGCAAACACACCCCGACCGUGCAGACCUCAUACACGAUGUUUCAGAUAGACCAGGCGAUGGCUAUCGUCGUGGCGAACCAUUACGCCAGGAAAGAGAAGAUCGGAGGUCUCUGCCGACCCGACCUCUGACCCCUCCAAAAUUGGACCUCCCGAAUCGCCCCGAACGCUUUCCAUCUGAUAUUCGCAAACCCGCAAGUAAUACGCAGCCGCCUCCCCGCGGUGAAGAAAUGCCACGAGGACCUCGCAGCGACCGGCCACCACGAACCCCUAUGGAAGGUCCUGACCCCCGGGAUUCAGUUCCUGGAUCUGAUCUUCCUGUCGGACGAUCUCGACAGGCUGAUCUAAUGUCUGAUAUACCCUCUGGACCAAGAAGCAGGACUGCGCCUGGCCGAGGUGGGCGAAACCCUCCCGCGCCACAUCCUUCGGCAGGGCCUCCUGGUAGUGGACCGGCGGUAAAUGACCGUCCUCCGCCCACAGGCCCUGGACGCCAGGGAAUGCGGAAUGAUGAUCCUCCUGCAGACACUUUAUCCCCUACGGCGGAGAGGCUAGAGGCAAGUGGAAUCCACCCUGAUCGGCUCAAGGCCCUACAAGGACAAACUUCGGACAACGCGCACGGGUCUAGCCCCCGCUCCGGCCUUUCGGGGCCUCCUCCCAUAAUUCCUCCUUCAGGGCCUCGUGGUGGACUUGGUGCAGGCUCAGGAUCUUCGCCUGUGACUCGUGGACCUCCAGGUGGGCCAGGUUUCGGUGGUGAACGCGGACGCGGCGACAAACGGUUUGCCAAUCUCAACAACAUGCUUCAGCAGUCUGGGUCGCCUUCAGACCGCGGUCCCGGUCCAACCAGUCGGGGUCGCGGUACUAAUCGACAGCCAGCCACCCCUCGAGUGCAAUCACCGCAAGCAACUAGACCGCAGCACUCGGGCCCAGAAGAAGGACCCCGCCCCGGGGUUUCAACAGAGAGCAAAACCGAUCUAUUUGCUGGGAGGCCGUCCGGGUAUCCUGAGGGAGAUGCACACUCCAGAAGUCGGCCGGGUGGCAGCGGCCGUCACGAACCCACUGAUGACACCAACUCCGAUGGCCGCCGAUCACAGCGCUAUUUGACUGGCGGCAGCUUUUCUCACGACCGAGACCGAGAAGCUGAGCGGGAACGGGAUCGUCGUGCUGGUGAUGAAGACGGAUCACGGAGUAGCAGCCGGCGGGAGGAUGGACGAGAUCGCAACCGAGAGCGGAGCCGCAGGAGUGAUGUGCCUUCAGGAGCACCUCGAGACGAACGUUACGAACCUCGUGAAGCGUCCCGUCGGGGUGUUGGACCGCGUGAAGACAAUCGAAGGCGCCGCGAUCGCGACGCCGGUCCAGAAUCCUCACAAGAGCAUGAAGGACGUCUCCGGCCUCCCUCGUCCCACGGCGGACAACCCCCUCCCCCUCCUCCACCACCCCCUCCUCCCGGUGGGCCGGAUGAAGAACGACGUUGGAGCAGCAGCGGACGGGAGCCUCGAGACCGCGAUCGCGACCGGAACCGCGACCGGAACCGCGAGCGCAACUAUACGCGCGAGAGCGGCAGUGGGAGCGGACCUCACCGCAAGCGCGGACGGCCGGGGGAUGAAGGCGGACACAGUGAUGGAAGCAGCCGAGGUGGACGGGGCGCUGGCAGCGAGAACAAGCGUGCUCGACGAGGGGCUUGA